CUGAGUCUGAGUCAACUCGAAGGCAGGGUUGGUUCGUUAGUGUGCCUCUUAGCUGGUCACCUUGUGCCACCUGCUGCCUUAAGUGCGUGCAUAACUAAUGCUUUGUGGGGUAGAGAAACUGUAACUCUUGGGUGAAGAAUCGUCUUUCAAGUAGCUAGGUGACUUGCAGGGUGUGCUGUGCUGGGCAGUGGAGCCAGCGGGAGCUGGAGUUGGUUAGAGAGGGACUGCCCUUCCCUGCUCUGUGGCUUGGUUCCUGGCCUCAGGAGGAUAGCAGGCACCCACCAUUUUCCGGACCGGCACUGCCAGUUUUGCAGAAUGGCCGUAUUUGUAAGGUUGGUACUUUUCCAUCCUGUACCGUGGCUUGGAUAGUGACGUUGAAAUGCCUUUCUUUCUGCCGCUUCUUGACCCAGCAGCUUGGCCCUUUUCAACUUUUGAGAGCCAGAUGAGCAACCAGAAGGAGGGCUGCAGGGCAGCACCAGAAGGGCCUGCCUUGAGAGUUUCUGUCUGACUUGUUCUCGCAAUGCCCACUUGCCUCGGCCUGCUCUCAGGAGCCCUUUAUUACUGGAUUGGUGUUGGAAGAGGGCCUGCCCACCAAACCCCGCCCCCAGGCAGUGAUGCAGACAGAGCGUGUCUCCAGAACCCCAAGUGAAGAACUGCUCAUUAGAGACCCAACAACACGCUCUGUUUCCACUGCGCGUGGGGCAGACACGCUUCCUCACCCAUAGCCGCCUGGCCCCGGCACUGUUUGGGAGCUCCCCAUUGGAGACCCUUAGAAUGACUUCUAUGGCGAUCUCUGCUUUCCUUCCCACCCGUUCUCCUGUGUCUGGUUUGGUGGCGCCAGGAUUUUGUUGAGACCGUCUGCAAUUGGCCAUCCUUGGCGAGCCCAGAGCUCUGACCAAGGCAUGCUUAGGGCUGCUGACUCAAGUCCCUUCACUCUUUUCCUCUCCUCGGGUCCCCGGUGCCGGGGACACUUACUCUUUCGAACUAUCUGCAGAGUAGAAGGCCCAGAGGUUUCUCGUCUCAGAUAGCUGUGUGUAUUGACCCAGGUUCUACAAAGGCUGCAUAUUUGCAAUGUCUGAGACUCAGCCAGGAGCCCUGGUGGCUGGAUGGGCUCCACCUUGAGCCGCUCACCUCAGGGCCAGCUGUGGAAUCCACCAGCUGCUCCCUGGGACAAAGGUGAGGCCGGCUGCUCCUGCAAAGAGCUAGUCUCAAAGCCCACGGGGUUUUCUUCUCUGUCUUCCAGGGCCACUGUGUGUCGGAAUCCACUUAGUCAUAGGACUCUCCAUUGCCCUGUUCUCUCCACCUUCUCUUUCUCUGGAUAGACCCCCUCCUCUAGCACAGCGCAUUGCCGCCUUCUCAGUCCCUGCGGCCGGCUAUGACUUCUGCAGCUCCACAGCAUUCCACGGUUGGCUGGCCUGCCCACUGAUGGAGAGACAGUGCAGUGGGCAGCUGAUAUUGGCUGUCAUGACACCAAAUCCUACUGCGAGCGAAUUUAUUCCCAAAGGAGGAUCAACUUCCCGGCUGAGCGCCGGGUCCCAGUCAAGUAUGUCCGCCUUCUCUCAGGUGUUCUCUCACCCAUCCCUGGGAAGCCCCGUCACUGCUGGACUAGCACCAGGUAUGUCCCUGUCGGCUGGUUCGUCCCCGCUGCAUUCCCCCAAGAUCACUCCUCACACCUCUCCUGCUCCCAGAAGAAGGAGCCACACUCCCAACCCAGCCAGUUACAUGGUGCCUUCUAGUGCCUCCACGCCCGUCAGCAACCCUGUUCCUCAGACGCCGUCUUCCGGCCAGGUGAUCCAAAAGGAAACUGUCGGGGGGACAACGUACUUCUACACGGACACAACUCCAGCACCCGUCACUGGAAUGGUAUAUCCAAACUAUCAUAUUUACCCUCCAGCCGCACCUCAUGUUGCUUAUAUGCAGCCCAAAGCAAACGCACCUUCCUUCUUCAUGGCUGACGAACUCCGGCAGGAGCUGAUCCACAGACACUUGAUCACCAUGGCACAGAUGGACCAAGCCGACAUGCCAGCCGUCCCUUCGGAAGUUGACAGCUACCAUAGCCUGUUCCCUCUGGAACCACUGCCACCACCCAACCGGAUCCAGAAGUCCAGUAACUUUGGGUACAUGACAUCUUGCUACAAAGCCGUCAACAGCAAGGAUGACCUGCCCUAUUGCCUUCGCAGGAUCCAUGGUUUCCGGCUCGUGAACACCAAGUGCAUGCUGUUGGUGGACAUGUGGAAGAAGAUCCAGCACUCGAACAUCGUGAGCCUGCGGGAGGUUUUCACCACGAAGGCCUUUGCCGAGCCCUCGCUUGUUUUUGCCUACGACUUCCACGCCGGGGGCGAGACCAUGAUGAGCCGGCACUUCAAUGACCCCAAUCCUGAUGCCUAUUUCACCAAGAGAAAGUGGGGUCAGCACGAUGGCCAGCUUCCCAGGCAGCAUGCCGGGCUGCUGCCAGAGUCCCUCAUCUGGGCGUACGUCGUCCAGCUGAGCUCUGCGCUGCGCACCAUCCACACCGCAGGGCUGGCCUGCCGCGUGAUGGACCCCACCAAGAUCCUCAUCACCGGCAAGACCAGGUUGCGAGUAAAUUGUGUUGGCGUUUUUGAUGUUUUAACAUUUGAUAGCAGUCAGAAUAGUAACCCAUUGGCAUUAAUGGCUCAAUACCAGCAAGCAGAUUUGAUCUCAUUAGGAAAAGUCGUGCUGGCUUUGGCUUGCAACUCCCUGUCAGGGAUUCAGCGGGAUAACGUGCCGAAAGCCAUGGAGCUGGUGACGAUGAGCUACUCCUCCGACCUGAAGAACCUGAUUCUGUACUUGCUGAGUGACCAAAACCGACUGAGGAGUGUGAAUGAUAUCAUGCCCAUGAUUGGCGCUCGUUUUUAUACCCAGCUGGAUGCUGCUCAGAUGAGAAAUGACGUCAUAGAGGAGGAUCUGGCAAAGGAGGUUCAGAAUGGAAGACUGUUUAGGCUGCUAGCGAAACUGGGAACCAUCAACGAGCGACCAGAGUUCCAGAAGGACCCUACUUGGGCCGAGACCGGUGACCGCUACCUGUUGAAGCUCUUUAGGGACCACCUCUUCCAUCAGGUGACAGAAGCAGGUGCUCCCUGGAUCGACCUCAGUCACAUCAUUUCCUGUCUGAACAAGCUGGACGCAGGUGUGCCCGAGAAAAUCAGCCUCAUUUCCCGAGACGAGAAGAGCGUCCUCGUGGUGACGUACAGUGACUUGAAGCGCUGCUUUGAGAACACGUUCCAAGAACUGAUUGCGGCAGCCGGUGGCCAGUUGUAGUCUUUGUGGGAGCAGACAGCCCGCCGGACACUGCUGAGGACCUGGACCGAUCGCCAGCUGCCGUCAGUCAUCUCAUGUCACACCUGGGGACACAGCAGGUGCGCAGGCUGCUCGCACUUGAGUCAGGUACACUGUUACUUGAAGAAGACUGGCUGGUGCUUGGUGGCACCCUGGCUGCCAGCGGGGCCAUCCCUGCCUGGAGUCUGCUUUAGCUUAAGGGACGCCAACCCACCCCCACCCCCCACCUGUAUAUGCACUAAUUUUACUUUUUUACAGAGACAUUUUUUUCUGACCUUUCAGCUCUUUGCCACAAUGUAGACUUAUCAAGGGGCACUGUUUCCAAGGCCAUUUCAUGGCAGCCGUGGUGGGCAGCUGUGUGUGUCCCUGGGGAGAUUGCGGUGGGGGGGCUGCCCGGGAGGCUUAUCGGACCAGGUAAAGUUGUCCUGGAAAGACAGUGUAGUGGUUGUUCUUGCCACUGUGCUGCCCGCCGUUGGUGCCCAAGUGUGCUUUUGGCACUGGGUGGCAGGCCCACUGGGGGAGUGCCGGAGAGUGAACCUUGGUGUGGACCCGCCCCAAGGCCGGGGCAUGCACACCACCACCAACGGCCUGCCCACCGGCAGCUCUGUGUUCAGACGCCACUGAGCCUUUCAGGAGUGAGUGGAAUGAGCGAGGCUUCCCUGCCCGCCAGCUGCAGCUCCGUGUAUGCAAUGCGCUUUCUCUGAGGAGAGAGAGACUGAGAGACGACGUUGUUCGUUGUUAGAGCCUCAAGUUCAGGAAAGGGUGGCUCUGUAGGUGUGCUUGCAGUUUGCUGUUAGGCUCUGGUUUGUUUGGGGUCUGAAGUCCUGCUCAGCUUUAUUACGGUACUUGACACUGGAUAAUACACGGAGACUCUGCUGCCAAGAGGAACGGCGCAGCAGUGGUCUGGCGCCCGGAGCGUGCUGGAGCUGUCCAGCCCAUACCUGGAGCCACGUCGGCGUCCUGCUGUGCCUUCGCAGUCCCUGCUUAGCCCAAAGUCAUGGACGUUUUGAUAAUGAGCUCCCUCUGGGGGACGGCCCACACAGCGUCGAUCUCAGCGCGGCCCUAACGGUCUCUGCUCAUCCUCCUUAAACACUGGGGCCAUGCCAUGGUCGCCAAACGCCGCGGGGUUAUAGUUAAAUGCUUAUACUUUGAUACUGAAGACUGCCAAAUACAUAGGAAUUUUCUUUCUUAAAAAAAAGUAAAACAAAAAAAUUAGCAAACAAAACCAGACACCUACAAACAGGAAGCGCGUGAUGAGGACUUGUUCUCCUUCCCUGGCCCGAGUGUUUUCCCACGGGGCACUCCCCAUGCUGCUCUGGUGCCCGGGGGUGGGGGCCAGGGUGGCUGGCGCCUCAGGCCUCUCUUUUAAUAACAACAUCGCCUUUGUAGUUUUCAGAGAUGUUUUUACGACCCCUCCACUUUUUUAUGAGCUUUAAAAUGACUGCCUCGAUUUGCCACCUGAAAAAGCAAUUCCCCCCAUUUUUUUCUCUUAUGCACGCUCUUUUGUGACCCAAAAGCUCUGAGGACCAGAGUCCGCCCUCCCCCCCCCCCAACCCCCUGGCACCCCCUUGGUGACUCAUGCCAGCCCAGGUCUGGUAGCACCCGGGUGGGGCCGAGUGACAGCGAGCAUCCGAUACUGCAUUUGGGAUCAACGGAUUAGACGGUGGGACAGAGCGUUGACUCAUCCGAGGAUCACUCACACUGGGCACCAUCAUCUUUUACCUGCAUGUGCGCACACGCACACGGAACAAGAACUAGAGAGACCUGGAACACAGUCGUCUUUUAUCAUUACUAGCUCCUGUAUUUGAGGAAGAGCAGCUGUCUUUUUUAUAUGUUUUUUGACAAAUCAUAUUGUAAUUCUUUUGUACAAAAAAAAAGACUUGUAUUCUAUAAGAAAUAUGAAGUGCUUAACUUAUCAGCGGGCUGGAGAUUCCUGUUUUCCAUGUUGUUUUCUUUGGAAAGGAAAAGGGGUCAUACCUCUCUCUUUGGUUGGGGGGUUGGGGAACUUUCCGACCAGUGAAUUGUGGACCAAUGCUCUGUGAGAGAAGAGGAAGGGAGGGCGGGGCUCCCUCGCGACCAGCAGGCUGUGUUCUGCAAGGCCAUUCCAGUCACCCACCCGAGCGUUGCAUCACGUGGGCCUGGGGCUCCAGCCCCUGGUGGCCUCAGGACUUGGGGGACUUUACAUGAUGGACAGCAGGUGUUUUCAUGAGUAAAUACCCUACCCCCCAAAGAAAAUCACAGAACAGUUGGUGUCAGGUAAAGCAUAUGUAUUUCUAGUUUUGUUUUAUAUUUAUUUUUCAUUGAGAACUUUUUUUUGGUUUUUAUUUACCCCCCCUCCCCCAAAGAGAACUCUCUCUCACUUCUGCCUUGCUGUUUUGGGGAGUCCUCCUUUGUCCACAGUGUAAUUCCACGUAGGGGGUGUCUCUGCGCUAGUCUGAGUGGUUCGUGGAGGCUUUUGGGAUCUGGGAGGAGUCCCACGGAAGAGCCACAUUCCCUGGAUCCUCCAUCCCGGUAGCCUUCACGCCGCCAACCACGACAACCCCUGGAAUCAUGUCACCUCACCAGUGCCAUUCUUCAAGAGCUGUUUCUGUCCCGAUUUCCAGUUCUGUGCGGUGCAUCUGCUUCAUUGUAAAUACCUGAGGGUCCUUUGUCACUUCGUCCUGUGGCCGUGUGUCCAGGAUGUCCCGCCCGAGCCCCGUCUGUUCUGUUCUGUUCCAGCGUCACGGGCUCGAGACGCCUCCCCCAUCUCCACUCCUCUCUUCAGUCCUAUGUGUACAGCAUUAUUUUUAAUAAAGAAUUGCAGAAGCAA